GCGCCGCCCAGCCGAGGGGCCCCGGCGGGCGCCGGGGGAACCCCUGAGCGGAGCCGGGGCCGCCAGCACCUCCCUCCACCCUCCACCCUCAUCUCCCGCAAGCCCCGGGAAGCGCCGCUUCACCCGGCCCGGCCCGGCCCGGCCCGGCCGCGGGAGUCGCUGUGGCGUUGGCCGCCGUUGGCCUCGGCCCCGUCAGCGGCAGGGAAUUGAGAUUCCCAUGGAAUUCCCGGCCUCGACAUUCCCAAAAUUUUAAGAUUUUUCUGGAAAAUCCCAAAUUUCCCAUGAUCCAUCCCUCACCUCCAGAAAUCCCAGGUGCUCCGUAGGAUCCCACCAUGAGCGGCCUCGGCGACGGCUCCGCGGAUCCGGCGAUUCCCGAAUCCCGGAAGCGCAAAGGAUCCCCGUGCGACCCCGCCCAGAGCGCCGAGAAGCGGCGCCGGGAGCAGGAGCUGCGGUACCUGGAGGAGCUGGCGGAGCUGCUGUCGGCCAACAUCGGCGACAUCGACUCGCUGAGCGUCAAACCCGACAAGUGCCAGAUCCUGAAAAAAACCGUGGAUCAGAUCCAGCAGAUGAAACGGCUGGAGCAGGAAAAAACGACGGAUGACGACGUGCAAAAAUCCGACAUCUCCUCCAGCAGCCAGGGCGUGAUCGAGAAGGAAUCCCUGGGACCGCUCCUGCUCGAGGCCCUGGACGGUUUUUUCUUCGUGGUGAACCGGGAGGGUCGGAUCGUGUUCGUGUCGGAGAACGUGACGGGAUAUUUGGGCUACGGGCAGGAGGAGCUGAUGAACUCCAGCGUUUACAGCAUCCUGCACGUGGGUGACCACGCCGAGUUCGUCAAGAACCUGCUCCCCAAAUCCCUGGUGAACGGCGUUCCGUGGCCGCAGGAGCCGUCGCGCCGCGGCAGCCACACGUUCCAGUGCCGGAUGCUGGUGCGGCCGCCGGACGAGGCCGGCUCGGAGAACGCGGAGCUGCGGCAGCGCUACGAGGUGAUGCAGUGCUUCACCGUCAGCCAGCCCCGCGCCUUCCAGGAGGAGGGGGAAGAUUUCCAGUCCUGCCUGAUCUGCAUCGCCCGGAGGUUGCCCCGCCCGGCCGCCCCGACCCCGACCGAGUCCUUCGUCACCAAACAGGACACCACAGGAAAAAUCAUCUCCAUCGACACGAGCUCGCUGCGCGCCGCCGGCCGGACGGGAUGGGAGGAUCUGGUUCGGAAAUGCAUCUACGCCUUCUUCCAGCCCCAGGGCCGCGAGCCCUCCUACGCCAAGCAGCUCUUCCAAGAAGUGAUGACGCGGGGCGCGGCGUUCAGCCCCUCGUACCGCUUCACGCUCAGCGACGGCUCCGUGCUCAGCGCCCACACCAAGUGCAAGCUCUGCUACCCCGCGAGCCCCGAGGCGCAGCCCUUCAUCAUGGGCGUCCACGUCAUCGACAGGGAUCACGGAAUUCUCUCCCCCCAGGACGCCCCCGCGCCCGGCCUGGCCCUUCCCAGGCUGAAUCCCAACGUUUCUCCGGGAUCGGGAAUGGCGCUGCCUCCUUCCCUUCCUCCAUCCAACGGCUCCGUCAUGGCCGCGCCCUCUCCCCAUCCCGGCAAUCCCAGCUCCGGACAGCAAAAUUUUGGGAAUCCGCUGGCGUCCAACGUUGCCUUAAACCAAAACCCCGGCAAUUCCCACCCUUUAUCCCACGGCGGCUCCCCCAUGAACAGCCCCGGAAUUCCGGCGUCGCAAUUCCUGUCCCCCCGGCACCGCGGCAGCCCGGGAUUGAUUCCCAGAUCCCGAGCUCCUCCUCCUCCUCCUCCUCCUCCUCCCGGCAAUCCCUUCUCGCCGUCCAUGCACUCCUCCGGAGGCGGGAAUUCCCGACCUUUCCCCGGCGCUCCCGAAUCCAAUCCCGCGGCGUUCCCGGCUCCUUUGAGGCAACCGAAUUCCCAAAGCUCCCCCGGCCGCUUGGGCGGCAAAUCCGAACUCAAGGACGGCAAGGAAAUGGCUUCCAUCUUGGGAGAGAUGAUCCAGGCGGACGCCGAGAAAACGCCGGAGCCGGGAAUUCCGCACGGAUCCGACGGGUCCGACUCCAAAUGCCCCCAGGCCACCAGCCACCGUUUGGUGCAGCUCCUGGCCAGCACGGCCGAGCAGCAGCUCCGGCACCACGCCGACGCCGACACCAGCUCCAAGGAUUCCUUGGCGUGCGCCGGGAUCGCCGGGAAUUCCGCCGGGAAUUCCGCCGGGAGCUCCUGCCCGUCCUCGCACAGCUCGCUGACGGAGCGGCACAAAAUCCUGCACCGGCUUCUCCAAGAGGGGAGCCCCACGGACGUGCCGGGUUUGGCGGCGGAGCAGGAGAAGAAGGAGAAUCCCCCCGGAGGGAAUUGCGGCGGGAAUUCCGGCGGAGCGCAUCCCGGCACGCCGGAGGCGGAAAAGAAGAAGGAAUCCAAGGACCACCAGCUGCUCCGGUAUCUCCUGGAUAAGGAUGAGAAGGAGUUGGGAACGCCGGCGCUCAGCCUGGACGACGUCAAGGUCAAGGUGGAGAAGGGCGAGGCCAUGGAGCCGUGUCCGGCCGCCCCGGCCGCCAUUCCCAAAAUUCCGGCCGGAGACGAGGUCAAGAUGGAGGCGCAGGGGCAGUUCUCGGCCGAGCUGGAGCAGCUGGAUCAGCUCCUGCCUUCCUUGGAAAAACCGGCGCCGAUUCCCGGAAUUUGCGGGACGCCGGAAAGGAACGAAUCCGGAAUUUCGGGAAUUCCGGGAAUUUCCGGAGUGACGCCUCUGCAGCCCAGCACGGCCGCCAGAGCCCCCGCGGCCCUGGGCUCCUCCUUGGCCGUUCCCGCUCCUCGCGCUCCCUUCGACUUCUGCGAUCCCGGGAAUUCUGGGAAUUCUGGGAAUUCCGGCACCUCCCGCGGCCCCGCCCAGCCUGGAAGAAACUCCGGGAACGUUCCCAAUCCUUUCCCCCCGGAUUCAGGAAUGCCGGAAUUGGAGCUGGGAGUUCCCGAUCCUGCGUUGGGAAUUCCGGGAAUGUCGGAGCAAAUUCCGUGGGCGGAUCCCGGAAUGUCGGCCCUGAACCGAGGAGCUCUUCCCAAAGCGGACGACCCCUGCCCCCUGGACGCUCUCCUGUGCCCUCCCACCACGGCCGAGGGACGGAGCGACGAGAAGGCUCUGCUGGAGCAGCUCGUGACGUUCCUGAGCGGGAGGGACGAGACCGAGCUGGCCGAGCUCGACCGGGCCCUGGGCAUCGACAAACUCGUGCAGGGCGGCGGCCUGGAAGCGCUGACGGAACGAUUCCAACCCCACCAAUCCGCGCCCCCUCCGCUGCUCCUGGAGCAAAAACCGGGAAUGUUCUCCCAGCCCUUCCCGCCUUCCUCAUCAUCCUCUUCAUCCUCAUCCUCAUCCUCCUCCUCCUCGGCCUCUCCGAGCGUCAACAUUGCCGGGAAUUUCCCGGGAACGCUGCGGCAAAAGCCGCCCUUCGGAGCCGUCGCCGUCCCCCUUCCUCCUCCUCCUCCUCCUCCUCCUCGUGGAACGUUCCCGAAUAAUUCCCUGGGAAUUCCCUCUCGGCCGCCGCUGAGCCGCCCCCCGAGCGUUCCCAACCAGCUCCGGCUGCAGCUGCAGCAGCGCCUGCAGGGCCAGCAGCAGCUGCUCCACCAGAGCCGCCAGGCGCUGCUGAACCCGCUGGGCCCCGCGCUGGGAACGGCGGCGAGGGCCGGGACGCCGCAGCCGCAGCCGCCGGCGCCGCAGCCCCCUCUGAACGCGCAGAUGUUGGCGCAGCGGCAGCGCGAGCUCUACAGCCAGCAGCACCGCCAGCGCCAGCUGAUGCAGCAGCGCGCCCUCCUGAUGCGCCAGCAGAAUUUCGGGAAUUCCGCCGCCCCCGCCGUCCCCGUGGGAACGCCGCCCCGAAUGCCCCAAGCCCCUCCCCAGCAGUUCCCGUACCCUCCCGGUUACGGGACGAACGCCGGCGCAGCGGGGUUUCCCAACGAGGCGGCGCUGGCGGGACGAGGAUCCCUCGGGAAUCGCGGGAUGAUGGGGGCGCAGUUCGGAGCCGGGAUGCAGCAGAACCUGUUCCAGUAUUCGGGAUCGGGAAUUCCGCAGCAGGGCGAGGCCGCCUUCGCGCCGGCGCUGAGCCCCGGCAGCCCCCUGGUGUCGCCGCCCGCCGCCGGAUACCAAUCGCCGGAGCUGAAAUCCUGGCAGGCCGGAGCCAUCGGGAAUAACGGGGUUUUCGGCGGGGCGGGAGCGGCUCCGGCGGCGGCUCCGGCGGCUCCAGCGGGAAUGUACAACAACAUGAGCAUCACCGUGUCCAUGGCCGGCGGCGGAUCCGGAAUCGGCCCCGUGGCCGGCGGCAUUCCCAUGACUUCCAUGAUGGCCGGCAUGAAUUCCAUGUGCUCCGAGCAGGUCCCGGACGCGGCGCUGAGGCCUCCAGGGCUCUACUGCCAGCAGCUGAGCUCCGGGGAGCUGCUCAAGGCCGAGCCGGACGGCGCCCAGGUGCAGCAGGUCCAAGUGUUCGCCGACGUCCAGUGCACGGUGAAUUUGGUGGGAGAUCCCUACCUCAACCCGCCGGCUCCGUUGGCCAAUCCCAAAAAUCCCGCUCCGCCUCCUCCGCCGGGACAAGGGAAGAGCCUCCUCCAGCAGCUGCUGACGGAAUAAAGAACCCAGAAAAAAAAAACCCCAAAAAAACAAAAAAAAAAAAAAAAACCAAAAACGUCGGGAAUUUCCCCCCGGAAAAAAAAACAAACAAACAAACAAAAAAAUUUAAAAAAAACCGCGACGACGACGAGGACGACAAAAUAAAAAUAAAAAUAAAAAACAAACUCGGGAAGAUGGACACGAAAAAAAAAAACAAAACCGAGAAAACGGAGGAAAAAAAAAAAAAAAAAGAUAAAAUUAUUCUAUAGGAUCUAUUUUUAUGGGAAUUUUGAUAUCCAGCCCCCGCCGCCGGAACGUUUGGAGCGAAAAAUG